UCAUAUCGCCGCAUCUCCAGCGCUCUACCUUUCAUCCAACGGUCAUAUCGCAUCUCCAACGCUCUACUUUGGUACAUUGUGGAUGUCAUCUUUCGAGCCCCAGAAAUUAUGCACGUAUUCUAAAUCAAUUCAAAGUUUUUACCCAGAAAAACAAAGUGCAAGAAAUGGAGGUAAAAUCUUCCGAUAAGGAAUGGAGGAGGAUUUCUUCAUCGACACCCCCAAAGCGUCCUCUAACCCCAAAGCCCUCUGCAUCUGACGAAAACGAUCAAUAUUGUCAGCAAGUGGGUAACUCCAAUCAGCAGAGCCCCAGGAAACCUCUGACAAAGAACUACAUGUCACCAACCAUAUCUGCAGCUUCCAAAUCUAAUGCCACUGCUUCAAGAAAGAACAUCUUAAGGGAAAGAAACGACGCCUCCCAACCCGAUUUUUCAAAUACCCAUGUUGAAAAAUCGCAGAGCCCCAAUCUGCAAACCCCCAAGAAACCAUUGACAAAGAACAACACGUCACCAAUCAUAUCCAUAUCUGCAGCUUCCAAACGCAUGGCCAUUGCUUCAAGAAAGAACAUCUUAGGGGAAAGAAUGGAGGCCUCUGAACCAGAUUUUUGGAAUACCCAUGUUGAAAAAUCCCAUAAAGCUAUUGAUAAUGUUAGUCAUUCUUUGUCUCAAGCCUUGCCAAAAUCCCCUCCAAGUUUUCAAUCCCAUGAUGCUGAUGAGGCUCUUUCCAAUGAUUUGGCUUCAAGGCCAUAUGACCCAGUAACCAAUUACCUCUCUCCGAGGCCUCAGUUCCUCCGCUACAAGCCCAACAGGCGGCAAGAGUUGUUUCUUGGCCUAGAAAAUGGUGUUGGGUUCAGGACCAGUACAAGUGGUUCUUUUGAUUACCAGAAAGCCACUGGUGAGGAAGUUGGCGCUGUCACAAGUCCUAGUUCUUUGGCUUCACCUCGUCCAGAUGGGUCUCUUACGCAAGAAGAUGAAGAAGUUGAGUUGAGUGAUAGUGGUUCUUUUGAUUACCAGAAAGCUACUGAUGAGGAAGUUGGUGCUGUUACAAGUCCUGGUUCUUUGGCUUUGCCUCAUCCGGAUGGCUCUCUUAAGCAAGAAGAUGAAGAGAUCGAGUUGAGUGAUAGUGGUUCUUUUGAUUACCAGAAAGCCACUGAUGAGGAAGUUGGUGCUGUUACAAGUCCUCGUCCGGAUGGGACUCUUAAGCAAGAAGAUGAGGGAAUUGAGUUGAGUGAUGAAGACAUUGAAGCAAGUGAUGCAGAAGUUGAGGGGCGUGAUGAGGAAAGCGAUGAGGAGGAAUAUGAGGAGGUUGAGGAAGAGAAGGGCGGGAAAUUGAAAGGGGUAUUAAAAAGUUUACUUCUUUUGUUGGCUAUAGUUCUCUUUGCCUCAUAUAUGUCUCCAAUGAACCAUCAAACACACUUUGAAGGCAUGGACGAUGCGUAUUGCAGCACUCAGAACUCUACAAUUGAAGCUGCUUUGUUGAAGAAACUUGAAAGUAGAGGUAAUCUUUCGGAUCAAAAAGAAGAAAGACAUACGGGUUUUGUGGAAGUAAUUAAAGGAGCUAUUGAAAUGGGGACCGAGGAGGUUAUCGUUCAAGGAGAAGAGAUGCAAAUUGAUGAAGAUAUUGAGGAUGAAGCGAAGGUUGAAGAUGAGAACUUGGGAGAUGUAGAACUUGCUGAUGAGAUGAGAGAAGUGGUGAAGCCACAAGCUGAAGAAAUUGAAGAAGAAAAGGAAGGAGGAAUUCAUGGUUUGGGUGAAGUAGUGGUGAUGCCACAACUUGAAGAUAUUGAAGAUAUUUCUGGUGACAUAGUUGAGAAAUCUGAGUUGCAGGGUGUUGGACCAUCCAUGUCUGAUGAUUUUGAUCAUCAGAAUUUAGUGUCUGAUGUUUCAAAUGCUUUUGAAAAAGGAGAGGUUGCAGCGGAGCAAAAUGAUGGAAUAGUUGAGAAAAUAAUGGACAUGGCAGCAGAACCUGUUAUACCAGAGACCAUGGAUAACGAUGAUAUAAGCUUUGAUGAGGCUUCCGAUUUAAAAGCAGAAGGGAACUGGAGGGAGGAGCUGAUCAAUUUCAUGAAAUCGAAAACAUUUUACGCAGCUGCUAUUGGGGUUUCUGUAUUUUCUGUGAUUGUUGCCUCUUUGGUGUCAGUGUUUCGCUUUAAGCAAAGGAAUGCUACUAAAAGGGAUUCUCGUGUGAUGGCAAGUCCUUCUGCUAAACCUCUGGCAAUAGAGCAGAAGAAAAUCAACGGGAACAUUUCUUCUCCGCCCUCAAAGCCGUAUUAUGAGCCCUUGACAGCAGAGAGAUACAACUUGGCAUUUCCUGGUAGGGGAGACGACAGCAUUGAGCAUGUUUACUCAUCUUUCAGAAGGAUGUCUCUGUCUUCCAAGCACUCAACCGGGGCAGCUUCCGGAGAGUAUUUCCAUAGCAAGGCACCGACAGUUGAAUUGCUCAGCGAGCUUGUGGUCGGAGAGGUCAGCAGCUCUCUAAGGACCUGUGAUAUGAAAAACAAGAUGACAGAAAGUGAAGAAAACAACUAUUCUGUUUCUUCAAAAAAGUUGGGGAGCAAAGAUCAGUCAAUUUCUAUUCAAGUGCAGCCGUCGGAGUCAGAGUUUUCGUCCAUGGAUUCCCAUUCCUACGGAAGCUUUAGUACGCCUCAGAUGGCCAUGAAGAAAAAAAAGGAGGGUGGUAAAGACGGAGAAAUUACAACUCCGCUGAGGCGAUCAAGCAGACUUCGCAACCGAACGGUCACGUCUCCAUGAAUCUUCCGGGCGGAAAUCUAUAUUCUGACCUAACACACAGCAGCUAGGUUGUUUUGUAGUUCACCAUUCUUCCACUGAAGAGUGUCCGGAUGAUUUUGGUUGUGUGAUGCUAGUUUUUAUAGAGAGAGAAUCUGAUAUGUUCUUUUAGCAUUUGGUUCUUCUUCAUUUGCAUUUUCUAUAUUUUUAUU